GUCUACUAUUUUCUUCCAUCUUAUGUAUUUGUAUUGUUCGCCUACAUCUACGUUCUAAUCUGUGGGGAUUUUGUCUGUAACCUAAAGUUUUUUCCGGCAUGCUUCCCAGAGCUGCCUUCCGCGCGUUGCGCGCCCGCCCGGCCAUCGUCGUCCCUCGCACAGUUUCCAUAGCAUCCACAUCCAAAUGGUCACGGUCAUACGCAGACACGAAGAAGCCUGAUCGCGAUCAUACCUGGAAACCCUCUGACCCCAUCAAGUUCCAAGAGUCGAAGAUAGUUCACCCGCAAGAACAACCCGAAUUCGAGACCAGCGCAUCACCCGAGAGCAACACCGAACCGACAUCUCAACCAGGUCCUAGGGCGAGGAGUGCCGCACGGUCGGGAGCACAGGAGGAUCACACAACUGAGCAGACCGAGUUUUCUGGGCCCAAGUCGGAGGAGGAGAACACUGCCCCCACUACGGACGCUCCCGCUUCCCAAGAACCCCAAAAGCCCCUACCAGACCUACGAUAUGGCAUCCCCUCCACUUUCGGCCAGGAAUAUGAGGCAGCAUCAGGAGGGAGGAAGCACGAGCACAACCCCAACAACAUCACUGAAGAUCCCGACAAAGAGCCGGCGCCAGGUGGCUUCGGCGAGCACAAGACCGGAGAGCUUCCCAAGUCAGCGUACGAGACCAGCACAGAUCGGAGGCGGAAUCGCAUUGCCAAUUGGGGUUACGCGUCGACCCUCGCCUUUGGCGUCGUGGGUGCGCUGUACUUAGGCCGGGACUGGGAGUCGGAAGAGGAGAGGAACGCACACCCAGAUGCACCAGCAGGAUGGUCACCCGGUGCCAUAUACGCCCGCGCUCGUGCCCGUCUUAGCAGCCAAAUGGGCUACUACACCGAGCCCACAUUUCCCAAACUCCUUCCCGACAUCGACCCUGCGCCUCCCAUGACCCUCGUCCUCAGCUUAGAAGACUUGCUGGUGCAUUCGGAAUGGACAGCCAAGCAUGGCUGGCGGACCGCAAAGAGGCCUGGUGUGGACUACUUUCUCCGUUACCUCAGCCAGUACUACGAACUCGUCAUUUUCACCACCGUCCGCUCCACUGACGCAGACCCCAUCAUCCGCAAGCUGGACCCUUUCCGGAUAGUCAUGUGGCCCCUGUUCCGCGAGGCCACCCGCUACGAGAAGGGUGAAUACAUCAAGGACCUCUCCUACCUUAACCGUGACCUCUCUAAAACCAUCAUCAUCGACACCGACCCGGCGCACGUCAAACUGCAACCCGAAAACGCAAUCAUCCUGCCCAAAUGGAAAGGCGACCCCCGCGACAAGGGUCUCGUAGCCCUGAUCCCCUUCCUCGAAUACCUCGCCAUGAUGGGCGUCCCCGACGUCCGCCAGGCCAUCAAAUCCUUUGAAGGAAAGGACAUCGCCACUGAGUUCGCCCUGCGCGAGGCACGCGCCCGCGAGGAAUUCCAAAAGGAGCUCGAGGCCCGAAAAUCCAAGAAACCCAAGUUCAGCGCUGGGAAUGCCAUCAUGGGUGCGCUGGGGCUGAAGGGCCAGCCAACGGGUAUGACGCUGGGGGAUGGACACAGUGUCAGCGAGGGCCUGGAGCAGGGCAAGAUGCUGAGCGAUCAGUUCCGCGAGAGGGGCCAGAAGCAGUAUGAGGCGAUGGAGAAGGAGAUUAGGGAGAAUGGGGAGAGGUGGCUCAAGGAGAUGGCGGAGGAAGAGAAGAAGUUCAUGGAGGAGCAGAUGAAGGGGAUGAAGCAGGGCAUGUUUGGAUUCUUGACUGGCGGUGGUGCUGGUGCGGCGGCCCAGGGGGCACAGGAGAAGAAGUAGGUUACGAUGGGAUUUAUAAUCUGAAGAGGUGGAGCAAGUGUAACCCUUUGGGUGGACCAGAGGUGGGCAUUUGGCCGCCAGGAUCGGAGUUUGGCUUAAGUGUCAUUCUGCGUUGUAAAACAGGGCUUUCUUUCCACUCUUGAUGAGAGUGCUUUUCGCAUCUAGGUAGGAUGGACGGACCAGAUCAGAUUGAUUUGGAAUGCAUGUAUUAUUUAUUAAAAUUUGAAUGAGAGAGGGUUCACGACCUAAGGAUCGAUUUG